AUGGGGACGGUGGUGGGGCGGGACUUCCGGGUGGCGUUGAUCGACUUCCGGCUGAGGGUUCCGGAGGUGUGGCUGCCCGCGGACAUGGUGAAGCGGGAUCCAGACGCCGCUUCGUCUGGAUCCUUCUUACAGUUCUCCAUGAUGCCUCAGAGAGCUGGAAAUGAUCCACUUGGGGCUUCAAAUGCAAGUGAAAUGGAAAUGGAGAUAAGUAACAUGAGAGAAAAGUUUCUUAUGAGUGUAACAAAGUUAGUAGAAGGCAAAAGUUACAACAGCAAGGUAUUUUCCAAAGAAAAAUACUUUCAAACAAUAAAGGAAGUUAAAGAAGCUAAAGAAAAAGGGAAGAAGUCAUCACGUGAUUAUCGCCGUGCAGCAAAAUACGAUGUGAUCUCUGUACAGGGCACAGAGAAACUGAUAGAGGCUACUCAUGGAGAACGAGAUCGAAUACGGUAUUAUGUGCAUAAAGAAGAAUUGUUUGAUAUUCUGCAUGACACACAUCUCAGAAUUGGACAUGGUGGGCGGACACGCAUGCUCAAGGAGCUGCAGGGAAAAUAUGGGAAUGUCACCAAAGAAGUUAUUGUCUUAUAUCUGACUCUGUGUAAACAGUGCCACCAGAAGAACCCACUACCCAAGAGAGGCCUUGCGCCCAAGCCCAUGACUGUUAAGGACAUAGACUCCACAUGCCAAGUUGAAAUACUUGACAUGCAGUCAAGUGCCGAUGGUGAAUUCAAGUUCAUUUUAUACUACCAAGACCACUUGACCAAGUUUAUUAUUUUACGGCCAUUAAAAAGCAAACAGACCCAUGAGGUGGUCAGUGUCUUGUUAGAUAUUUUCACAAUUCUUGGUACACCCAGUGUGUUAGACUCCGACAGUGGCAUUGAGUUCACAAACCAGGUUGUUCGUGAGCUCAAUGAGUUGUGGCCAGACCUAAGGAUUGUGCCUGGUAAGCACCACCCUGGCCACGCCCAGGGCUCCCUGGAAGGAGCAAGCCGUGAUAUAAAGAACAUGAUAAGUACCUGGAUGCAGAGUAACUACUCAUGUCACUGGGCCAAAGGCCUCCGAUUCGUGCAGAUGGUGAGGAAUCAGGCUUUCGACGUUUCCUUGCAGCAAAGUCCAUUUGAGGCAAUGUUUGGUUGUAAAGCCAAAUUUGGGCUAUAUUCCUCAAACUUGCCUCGGGAAACUGUGGCUACUUUACAAACAGAAGAAGAGCUAGAAAUUGCUGAAGAACAGCUAGAAAAUAGCCUUUGGACCAGGCAGGAAGAAAGGGCUGAGAUUGGAGCAGACAGAUCUGAUAUGGAUGAUGACAUUGAUCCCACUCCUGAAGCUACAGAACCCAGUACCUCACAAGGGGCUUCCGGCCUCCUCUGCUGGUGAACAGAUGCCUGCUGAGGGGACCGUCACACACAGGUGUGUCUCCAAGCAUUAGAGUCAUCUGAGAACUGUUGCCAGAGGACCCAGGGGAAAGGAUUGAAGGCCCCACUCUCAGGUCAGGUUGUACAUGGCAGUCCUUGCUCAAAAAGGGAAAACUUGACUGGGUCUGUGUGUUUAUUCUUAGGGCUGCCAUAAAAAAUUACUACAGCCUGGCCGGACACUCGGCUCACACCUGUAAUCCCUGCACUUUGGGAGGCCGGAUCGGGCAGAUCACUUGAGGUCAGGAGUUGAAGACUAGCCUGGCCAAUGUGGUGAAACCCUGUAUCUACUAAAAAUAUAGAAAUUAGCUGGGCAUGGUGGCAUGUGCCUAUAAUCCCAGCUAACUGGGAGGCUGAGGCAGGAGAAUUGCUUGAACCCAGGAGGCAGAGGUUUCAGUGAGCCGAGACUGUGCCACUGCACUCCAACCUGGGUGACAGAGCAAGACUCUGUCUCAAAAAAA